AUGAAAGCAAGUCAAACUGCUCCUUUUGGGACCGACCAUACACCACCGAUACAAACUAAAAUCAUUGGUAGUAAACAGGUGGAUUUUAUCGAUUAUGAUUCUAUUAAUAAAGCAAAUCAAAAAGCUGAUUUGACUGCAUUAUCAUCACCACCACUUCUGAAGAAAAAUUUAAAGCAGGAUAACAGCAAUACUUAUCAAAAGAAUCUAGCCAGAACUGGUAUUAAUUUAAGCCCGGCAGGAUCAGAGCAUUUCCUUUCCCCUCCAACUAAAAGACAGCAAGCCAUUUUAAAUGAAAUAAAAGAUCAAAAUCAGAGCCAAAAUACAAAAGUCAGCCCACAGCAAACUUUAUCAAGCGAUCUUGCUACUGGAAUUACCUCAAAAGCUACAGCUUAUUGCGAUGAUGGGACAAAAGAUUAUUUUAACCAAGGCAGCCCAACAUUGAAAAAGUCGACAUUAGAUACAUUAGAUAAAUUAACAAGUCCUACUUUAGAUAAAAGUAACGAUUCUAAAUUGUUGUUCAAUGAUCGAACUUUAAACGAAUUAAAACUAUCGCGUAGUUUACCACUAAAUUUGUCGAUAGCUAAUAACAAUGAAGAAGAGAAAAGUGGCCGACACGGGCAUACUCGAGCCAGUACUGAUCAUCGAGUCUUCGGUAAAAAUCGAGAUAGUCCCAAUUUAACCAAUCAAAGCCCAUUACUAGAUCAAGGGAUGCCAAAUUUAAUGCAAAAUGAGAAAGCAAUUCGCAAUAUUUUACCACCUAUUGCCAUCUCAGAUGAUCAGUUAGGCAAAAAAUUUCACCAACAAUUACAAAAUUUCGAUCGUAGUAAAUAUAAGUAUAUCUAUAAUACAAUAGCGAUGAUGGAUAAAGGAUCAACAAAUUGCAUAAGUCGUGACGAACUGAUGGAAAUAUGUCGACUCUAUCAGAUCCCAAUUAAGGAUGAUGAAUUAAAUCAGUUAUUUACGUACUUUCAAGAUCCUCAAAAUCCUAAAUAUGCCUAUUACGCAGAAAUAUUAAAAUUUAUGAAUGCUGCACAAGAAGGCGAUUUCCAAAAUACACGUUUAACUUCUCAUCCAUCACCAUCGAUCGGGAAAAAACACCACGAGGAUCAAGCAUUAUCUAACCAAGAAAGUAAAACUUUUUCGUUAUUCCAUGAUCGACAAGAUGCAAAAUUAAUUCAAUCCUUACAGAAAGAGUUUCUAUCAUCCAAAACUCAAAUUGAAUUAAAGGGGUUGAUACAAGCCUUCCAAGAAAUUAACAACAGCAACAUUUCCAUCAAUAUGGUGAAAGAGAUCUGUAAUCGUCAUCAUUUGCCCCUAUCUGAUUCUAUAUUGAAUGCUUUGAUAGAGCGAUGUCAAAAUGAAGAUCAAGGAUUUAAUUCCUCCGCAUUUCUUCUUUUUCUUGAACGAGCUCAGCCUUUUCCCCUUCUUGACUCACCAAAUCGUGUCAAAGACAUUACAAAUAUUAAGUCCUUAGCAAGUCAAGGUAUAGGAAAACCAAUGUUGGAAAACAAAUUUUCAUCCUCAUCUAACCAAGAUAUGCCAGAUUACGUUAAAAAUGAUCAAAUUCGAUGGCAGAAAGAUGUGCUGGUCAAGUUAGAUAGUAUCAGCAAAGAACAAGAGGAAACGCUGAACAUUAGCAAAUAUAUCCUAUAA